AUGGCCGAAAGAGGGAGGCUUUGUUUAGCUGUUUUAGUACUUUCCUUUUUGGUUCUUUGUGCUGGCUUAGCUAUAGCUACAAGAUACCCAGAGCUCAAGCAGUGCAAGCACCAAUGCGAACUCCAACGUCAAUAUGACGAGGACCGGAAGAAGUGCAUGGGUCUAUGCGAGAAGGAUUACGAAGAGAAGAAGGACCGAGAGAGUGAACCAAAGAAAGAGAAGAAGGAGAAGAAAGGAGAGUUCAAGGUCAAGGUCGAGGCUAAACAGACAAUCAUAGCUUCUUCCACCAGAGAAGCUGAGUUUAUAGCAUGCUAUGAGGCAUCUAAUCAUGGAAUAUGGUUGCGAAACUUUGUCACUGGGCUACAAAUUGUAGAUGGAAUAAAAAGACCACUUAAGAUUUUCUGUGACAAUAAGUCAGUAGUCUUGUAUUCCAAUAACAACAGGAGUUCAACUUCGAGAAAGAAUGAUCUGAUAGCAGUCAGAUUUACGAUCAAUGCCAAAGGCAACAUUAAAUAUUCUCUUGCAGGGAAAAAUAAUGUUAUGAAUAUGAUGAAGAGCGAAGCAAUAGAGUUGGCCUUUGGUGUGCCAGCGAAAGAAGUGAAGCUGGUUUUUGAAAACCAAGAAGAAGAGCAUUUAUGCCUAGGGCCAAGCCAGCAACAGAAGGAAGGUCGUGCAGAUGCAUGA